CAGUGUUGUACUCUUUAUCAUAUGUUCCCUAUCUUGUUUAUUUCUGUUCCAAACUAACCUCUCACUUAUUUUCUUCCUAGACUUGAGUUCAGCUGUUUCCCCGAUGUGGGCACAGGAGGGGGGAAACGGCAGAUGAUCUGCAACAGGUGUCCCUGAUGCUUUGUCACACGAUUCCCCAUCUGUCUGUAACACGCCAGUCUACUUAUGCUAAAGUGCGCUGAAAUUGACAAAGACUCUGAGACUGUAGUGAUCCCUGGAAAUCAGCAGCCUUAAUCCCGUCCCGUGUCGGUUAAAAGGUUCAACGUAGAAAUGUCAAGUGUGAAAAAAAUUGUAAGAUGAAGUCAUAUGAUGAUGAUGCUUUUGCACUGAAAAUAGCAGAACUUCAGAUCUGGGUUUGAUGAUAGUAAUUGAAGCAUCCGCCCCCCGGGGUGGCUCGUCUCCAGACCUGGAGUCGGUCCUGACAUCCUGACCUGAGUGAACGUGUCAUUCAGCUUAGUGACUCAGGUGCUUUGAUGUUUCCAGUCAGUGACUUCCUGUCUUCAUGGGAACUCGGAGCGUCUUAGAAGUGUCACCUCGCCUCCAUUAGGGUUGUUCCAUCUGUCUGUUCUCUUCUGACACUAAGUCUAACCCCCCUGUGCGAUGACUUAUGUGCUAUUUCAGGGGUCAAAUGUGAACAAGCAGGUGUUUUCCUGAGCUGGUUUGUUUGGCACCGCUCUGCUGUUAAUGAGAUGAAGACGAGUCUUACGUCUCCAGAUAAUCCUGUCAAAGGACCAGUGGGGGGUCGUCAUCAGUCAAAGACUAUAAGAUUAGACGCUGAAAGAGCAGGUCGGUGCACACGGAACAAAAUGAUACUAGAAGCAGCCGACCGUGUCCACAGGUGAGACCGCUUGCAGAUUGAGGCCUUCACCCCUGCUGUGACACCGUUGACAUCAGUGUAUACUCUGAAUAGUGCCUGAUAAACAAGCAACAGUGCGAGAACAUGGAUUCCCUCAUGUCUCUGGGCUCUCCCCUGAAGCAGUUCACCAGUUGUGUGUCGGGGAAGAAGAGUCAACAACACAACCAGCGAGCGGCCAAGGGCAGCCAGUCCGUCCGCAGGAGCAGCUUCACCCGCAGGAAGAGCGUCAGCCGGAGGAGAAGUCUCCCCUGCAGCAGCCAGAAGGUCCCCGACUCCUGGCUCCGGGCGUACCAGGACGAACUGAAGAGAGAAAGGAAACGACAGCAGGCCAUCCUGGCCAAGAAGAACACGGAGAGGACCGUCAGGAAGACUCACUUCAGGAGCCACCACUGCCUCCCAAGGCAGACCGCCACAGCCAGAAAACCGGCCGCGGCGAAGGAUGAUUCCUUCUUCGGAGCCUUCCAGGGCCUCAGCCUGGACGGACUGAUGGGAGGCAACCGUGGCUCUGCUGCUGCUCCCGCUGGUGGAGAUCAGUGCAAGGUCAUGUGAGCACCUACAUCUGAGGACAAUCAGACUGUUUGAAUGAUCCGUGUGCACAGGAGACCCCAAGAAAAAAAUGGGAGCUCACGGGAAAAAAAAGAAAAUGUAAGAUGUUUGUACCUUGGGGUGGGGGGGUAAACUUGUUCGCAUAACCUUCUUUAUUGUCCUUUUAGAAAGUGCAUUGAUUUUACAUAGACAGUAGUGCUUCAUUUUGAUUCCUUGACAAUGUACAGAUUGUACAGUAUCAGUCUUUGAACCAUUUCUAUUUGUGCAUAUUUUUUUGAAAUACCAAGGUUAUAAGGUUAUAAACUGCUCUACAUUUGA